UACUCCCCCUUGCAUCUCACUUCCUACUCUCCUAGCAGAGUCCAACCGCUUCUACGGCGGCCAUUUUGAUUAGAAACCGCAGCGCUGGAGAAAAUUCACUGCAAAAGGUUGGAAAAACCAGAAGGAUGUGGGAUCAGGGAGGACAGCCCUGGCCGCAGUGGCCUCUCAGCCAGCAGCAGUGGAUGCAGUCUUUCCAGCACCAGCAGGAUCCAGGUCAAGUGGACUGGGCUGCUCUGGCACAGGCAUGGAUAGCCCAAAAAGAGUCCACAGGAGCAGAGCAACCUAGUGUUCAACCUAAUGGGCAGGAAAUACCAGGAAUUGAACACACUGGACCAAACAACCAUGGUGCCUUUCAGGGUGAUCAAGGGUUCAAUCGAGUUUGGCAGCCAGAAUGGGGAAUGCAUGGACAGCCGCCGCCACCGCCGCCUCCUCCACCCCCUGACCAGCCUUGGAUACCUCCUGGGUCAGGUCCAAUGGAUGUGGUAAACCCUAGUGAGGACAGCAACAGCCAGGACAGCGUCGAGUUCAACACUGAAGCCCACCAUGGGGUUUAUCCCCCAAACAGCCAUGGGUAUGGGGCACAGCCCGACAACUACGCCAUGGCCCCCAUGGCCAUGAACCAGUUUGAUUAUCAGCAUGGAGCUGCUUCUUCCUUCAACCCUGCACCUUCAGGAUUCCACUCACCAUACUGGCAGGGUCCUCCUCAAAACAGAAGAGACGCCAGACCUUCUGGGUUCAGGGACAGGCCUAGAUCCCCUAUUCAGCUACCAGUCAAACAAGAGGCCCCGGCCCCUCUACCUUUAGAUGCUGUAAAAAGACGCACACUACCUGCUUGGAUCCGUGAGGGCCUCGAAAAGAUGGACAGAGAGAAGCAGAAGAAGGUCGAGAGAGAGCGAAUGGAAAAGGAGCGUGCAGAAAUGGCAAAUGAUGACAGCAAAGGUCAUGAGGUCGACAACCAGGGUGAUGGACCACAUGUGCCUCGCAAGAGCAAAUUUGACAGUGAUGAUGAGGGAAAUGAAGACAAUGACAAUAGAGAAAGGACACCCAUUAAGAGAGAGUUUUCUGUCCGGAGUCCAUCGCCCCCUGCAGAGGAAAGUGAACCUGAGAUGACUGAAGAGGAAAAGGAGUUCCAGUUGAUGGUCAUCACAAAAACGCUAUUAACUGAGAUCCUGCUCGAGGUCACUAAUGAAGAAAUCCUGCAUGUGGCCAAAGAGACUCAUCGGAAAGCCACUCGAGCUCCUGCAAAACAGCUGGCACAGUCAAGUGCACUGGCUUCUCUGACUGGUCUCAGCGGGCUUGGUGGCUAUGGUUCAGAUGAGAGUGGGGAUGACGAUGAUGAUCGCAGCGUGCGAGGGUCUGAUUCUUCUGACACCGAUGAGGAGGAGUUGCACCACCGCAUCCGUGAGAAGCAGGAUGCAUUCCGACGGAAAGAACGUGAAAUGCAGCAGCUGCUAGAAAAACAAGCACAAGAUGCUCAGCUGGCACGUGAAGACAUGGCAAAGGAGAGGUUGAGCAGAGAAAGGGGGGAGAAUGAUGAGGGCAAGGCAGAGUCUCCACAUAAACAGGAAGUAAAAGAGAGGGAGGCGGAGCCUGUAGUAGAAAGGCGUAGAUCUCGUAGUGAAAAGGAGGGUAGUGAAAUUAAGCACUCCAGGAGAGGGAGAGAGCGAUCAAGAAAAGAUGGUAGUAAUUCCACGGCUAAUGGUCGCAGCAGCAGCUCGUCUUCUUCCACCAGCCACAGCAGCAGUCAAUCUUCAUCCUCCUCUUCCUCCUCUUCAGCAUCCUCCCGCAGCUCAUCGCGAUCCUCCUCUCCACGGCGUAAGAGGCGCCGAAGUCGCUCUUUGUCUCACAAGGCUCGCAAGCGCAGUCGCAGCCGUAGCUCCCACAGGCGUCACAGCGAUCGCAGAGAGGGCGUCAGAAGGCGGAGGAGCACUGAGAGAUCAAGUCGGCACAAGAAGGACCGCAGCGAUUCCAGGGAAGGGAGGAGUUACAGAAGUAGGUCCAGGUCCAGAUCUAGAGACAGGGAUAGAGAUCGAGGCAGGGUGAGGGGAAGAGACAGUCGUAGUCGCAGCAGGGAGAGGGAGCAGAAGAAGGAAAAGGAGAGGAAAAGGAGCAGAGAGCCGAGGGAAAGCUGCCAUAGUCGCAGCAGCAAACACAAGCAAAAGGCUUCCAGUAAGGAGCGUGAGAGGAGGAGGGAAAGGAGUCGUAGUCCUGAGAAAGAUAAGAAAAAGAAGGACAAAGAAAAGGAUAGGGAAAAGGAGUCUGAUAAAAGGAAGGAGAAAACUAGAAGUAAAGAGAAAGAUAGGGAUAAGAUCACAGAAGAAAACGGCAAGUCAAAGAAACGAAGAGAGAGCGACUCAUUUGUAGACUCCCGGCAGGAUAGCAAAGCAAGCAAGAAAGGCUCCGCCAAAACUAGCAAACAGCACUCAGACUCUGACACAAGUAGAUCCCCUUCCCCUGAAAUUAGCAAGGAAAAGAAAUCUAAGAAAUCUAAGCGUAGUCGCUCACGAUCAACGGAAAGGUCUCACAAGUCUGGUAAGAAGGCAAGCCGCAAACACAAGUCUAAGUCACGAUCAAGGUCAGCAUCACCUUCCCAUCAUAGCAGACGCUGAGGAGCACAGAAAAUCACCUGAUCUGUGCACGCUACCAUUUUUAAUUCCAUGAGUUGACCAAGCUUGUCUCAUUAUAGAGGCAGUUGUGUAGGUGAACACCCCACUCAUACAUUUCUCCCCAUCUUUGUAAAUAUGUUGUUUUAGGGUGACUGAAGAACAAAACAGUUAAAAUAAAAAUUUCACUUGUAAUAUGCAAAAUCUAAUAUGACUAGGGUGACACUAAAAGUUGCAUCAUUUUAAACAGUAGCAGGAUUAACCUUUUUUUCCCCCUAAGUAUUGUAAAAUGUCAAUAAAAAAGUUUGUUCCUUG